AUGACGAAUAGCUGGAUAAAAAGCAAACCACUACUUGGAUUGGCAAGUGUAAUCAACGCUGGCUUAGCUGUAUCGUCAUCUUUUGGAUUAAUGGCUGCAUUAGGUGUUGAAUUCACUUACUGGAAUGCUACGAUUCCAUUCUUAGUUCUUGUUACCGAGAUAGAUGAUGCUUUCGUAUUAAUAGCAUGUUGGAGAAUCACUGAUCCCAAACAUUCAAUUCAAAAACGCAUGGAAGUAACAUAUGGAGAAGCAGGAGUUUCUAUUACUUUAACUUCACUCACUAAUUCCAUUUCGUAUUACAUCGGGAUGAUGGCUCCUUUCUCUUUCAUUCGAAUAUUCAGUUAUUAUACUGCAACUUGUGUCGUUUUGAAUUUUGUUUAUCAAAUAACGUUUUUCGGAGGAUGCUUGGCUAUAAGUGGAUAUAGAGAACAACGAAAUCUUCGAUCCAAAAAAUUUGUCAGAUGUGAACAAAAUGAUGAAGAUAACGAGAAUAAUAACGCCAAAGAAGAAGAAUUUACUAUGGCACAUUUUAGAGAUUCAUUAGGAAAGAUAAUUUCCAACCCAAUAGUUUUUUAUUAUGGGAAAACAUUAAGAGAUUUAUUGAAAAUUGCUGAAAAUUCCGAAAUUCCUGUACUUGUGCAUUGUAUUUUGUCUGGUUUUAUCGAGCAAGGCAUUAUCAUAGGAGAAAUGAUUCAACAAUUAUUUUGGAUAACUGCCAUAUUGAUAGCAGCAGUUUUUUUACUGUUUGUACCGAAUUUACUAGUUGCAAUUACUGUAGCAAUAUCUGUCGUAUCGGCAAUGGUAGAAACAUUAGGUUAUAUGUCGUUUUGGGGAGUCAACUUGGAUAUUAUAUCAAUGAUGAGCCUUAUUCUGUGUGUGGGAUUCAGCUUGAACUAUCCUGCUCAUAUUUCGUACGCAUAUGUCAUGUCGCAAUGCGAAACACCAAACGAAAAACUAAAAGAUUCUCUGUAUCGUAUUGGUUUUCCAAUACUUCAAGGAUCAUUGACCACAGGAAUAGGAAUAGGAAUUGAUUUUAUAUUCUGA